AUGUUUGUAAAUGUCAGCGAUUGUAAAAAAAUUAAAUGUUUGAAAGUUCGAUGCAAGUUGAAUUUUAGAACGGUUAUGGAAAAGGAUAGUAUCGUGGAAAGGGAAGAAGAGAAACCGGUGACGGAUAAUGCUCAAUCUGACAAAUACAGUCUGGUUGAUUUUAGCCUGGAAGAGGUUGAGGAGGAAAUCCGCCUAGAAAAAAUUCGACAAACAUCACUUAAAUUUUCAUGGGAUUAUUUGUCACAACUUUUACGUCGAAAUCUUAUGGAGAAACGUUUUGUACUUAGUGCUGAUGAUAAAGAGGACUUGAUGCAGGCAGCUGCCGAUAUGAGGAAACACAUGCCAUCGGAUAGUGAUCGUGAUUUAUCUACACAUUUACGGCAUCUUGCUGAAAGCUUAUCAAGUGAUUUCCAAGCUCAUCCAGGAUACUACAAAAUUCGAAAUGCCGAUUUUUCAUUUGAAAUUACUGUUUCUGCUGAUGGCCAACAAAUUACCAGUUGUUCAGUAUCUUGGUUUGGUGAGCGAGCUGUGGAAGCGCAAACACUUCGACUUUACGUUUCUCGUAACAGAUGGGAUCUUGUGCAUACAGCAUUGACAGCAAUGUUUCAUCUUGUUCCAUCAAAUUUGUCAAGAGACGAGAAGAUAUUUUGUUUGCGAUCACUAGAAUAUGCUGAAAAAGAUCUCCUGACCAUGUCCGGAAGUGCUCCUUCAGUUUUUGAACAAAUAAAUGGUGGUAUUUUGGGUCUCUGUAAAUCGCGAACUGAAUCCACUCCAUUUACCAUUUAUCCAUUCGUCGAGCCUGUAAUAUUCCUGGACAUUUCUUCCGGUAGUAUCAUAUCUCCUACUGAUGAGCAAGUGUUGUAUGAUGUGGAGCCAUAUCUUCAAUUAUGCAUCGUCUCUAAUUCAACUCCAAACUUCUUCUCCGAUGCUACACUUUUUGUACAUGGUGAAUGGCGGAAUGCUGUAUCAGGCCGCCAGCUACCGGCUGCGUUUUGUUUGCGGUUUUCAAGACCAAUUAUAUUUUCAUCGGCUGCAAUCAAAAAGCUUUCCAAGAUUGCGUCAGUUCCACUGAAUGUUGAAGGGUCAUACAAUUUGUAUCAGUAUUUAUUGAAUGAAAGUGAGGAAUGCCAUGAUGUUUUUGUUCGUCUACCAGGCUGUUCGACACAGCACUAUAUUUUCGACUAUUCCAUGACAUGUUCGCAGGAAGAUGGCAUUUUAAGACAGAUACCAUUUGCUCAUUUGCAAGAUGUGGUUUUUCUUGUAAGCAUCAUUCGAACACAAUUGGCUCACAACGCUUUUUUCGAAAGCCUUGUAAGAGCACAUAGUCGCAGUGCAUGUGUUGAUGAAAAUUCUGUUGAUAUUCAUAUAGCAUCUUCGUACAUCGACUGUUUUGAUCUUCAGUUCUACUUGAAAAAGAAUCUUUUUAUAGCUCGUGUUGCUGUAUCACCGUCAAACGUUAAUGUUUCACUAGAAUGUGUAAUAAAUGGAGCGGUACUUCCGGAAUCACAGCAUGCCACAGCUAUUCUUGCAAAAAGUUGGUCGCUGGCAGUAAUGAUGCGAAGUGUUUUGCGACGUGGAGGCGCCAUUUCGUUGGCUGCGCUUGAAAAACCAUUUGUGAUGAACGAAAAUGUUGAUAAUAACUGCGACGUUAAAAUAUCACAAUCUUGGUUGUUUGUUCCAAACAUAACGGACAACAGCAUUAACUAUUGCAAAACAGAACACGAAUAUGUGGUGGAUGAACGAAUUAAUCUUAAUUGUUCACGUGAUAACAAUACCUUAGGAAGGCAAUCGCCGCUGUCUCUAUUAGCACUUUUCAAAGAGCUUGAAAAGAUAGAAGAAUUAAUACCACCUCAGAAGCCCAUGAAUGGAGCGCAACAAUGUACGGCACCUCCACGUAACGAAAUGCUUGCGCCACGUACGAGUCGUAUCCAUUCUGAAAAUACGAUGACGAUCAAUGCCUUCUCUGUCCUGGAUGCAAUUUGUGACAUGGCAGCAAGCAUCGAUGAUGGUGAAUCGAAUAUUUCUGAGCACAGUAGUCACUCAUCCACUGUGGAACGUUGUUCACCAUCCACUAAUGAGGCAAGCAUUUUUUUCUUCUGUGCUGGGAAUGACUUAGUUUGUCAAUUUAUUUGGUUUGAUUUUGAUAUUGCUUUGCAGAGCCAAAGGCUCCGGCCACAAAUACCGCCGCAGUCGCCGUCACCAGCUAGCGAACAUUAUCGUGCUUCCCAAGCAGGAAAUUUUUCUCAGCUCUCACCACUUGAUAUUGCGCGUCAACGCCUUGCGCAGCAAGCACCGAUGAGUAAUCCGACAGAUGUUUUUGAAUUUGAUGAUCCACCUCGUAUGAACUCAGCAAGUUCAAUGGGAACAUCAUCUCAACAGUUCCAUUUUUCAGAAGCAGGGCAAAGUCCAUAUCCUUUUGCAGCCAUACAAAGUACCAGAGGUCCAUUGGGUGCUCAGCCGACUUUGAAACGUCGAGGUCGAGGUCGAAAGGCUGGAAAUAUGGGUGAUCGAAUGUUAGAUCCAGGUCGUCCAACUCUUGACCAGAGUACUGGUUUGAUAUUUCGUGGUAUGAAUAUUCCGACGCGCAAGCCUCGAGGAACUUCAACAGCAAGACGUCCUCGAAGACCUCGGAAAGCUGCUCAUAUGCCUGCGUCUCCUGCACAUUCGCAUCAAUUUGCCAUGAAUCGCCCUAUGUUACAACGUUCCUUCUCCGAGAUGCCAGUUUAUCCUUGUCAAAUGCCACCUGUCAGCUUACCACAAGAAAAUCGAUCAGAAGCAUCCGAAUUUGAGAGAACUGAAGAAUCGUCAGAUGAUGAAACUGAUCCACCACCUCCUGUCUGUACUACCGUGAUACCACAAUCAUCAGUUCAACUUGCUGCAAGUGGUAAUACUCCAGUGCCACAAAUAACCACUGUUGGGAAUCUUUCUUCCUCAUCAGCAACAUUAUCACUGGUUAACAAGUCUUCGUCGUUAAAUACCCCUUCAUGUCUUUCAUCGGUUUCAUCGAGUGGUCAAACAGUGGAACUUACGCCUCCUACCAGCCCAUCUCCAACAGCAACUAAUAAUAGUUCAAUGCAGUCAGCAGCACUGCUGGCCCAUAAAGCGCGUAAAGGAAGUCUAGAAGCUGUGGUAGGGAAAUUACACUGCAAAACAGCGCCAGCAAGCAGCAGCAGUUCGACAACAUCAAAUCCAUAUUUAGCCUCUGAUUUAUACGACGAUGAAUCGGAACCAGUUAGUAAACUGCCUGAACCAGCUCUUAUUAAGCGUGAUAGUCCAUCAAUAUCGACAUCAUCCCCCGCUGCACGAAUGUCACCAAAUCUGACAAAGAUUAAUGCGGAACAGCCAGGUUACGGUUCAGAAUUGAAAAUAAUGAUUAAAUUGAAACAGCAAGCAUCCACACGACCAUCUACUGGACCAUCGCAAUCUUCAUCGGGUGGUGUACCAUCGUCUAUGCGCUUGGUUGGUCAGCCGCCUUCGUCAUCAAGAUCAAAGGAAGAGAAAGCAUUAUUACGACAAAAACAAUUGAAAGAGAAAAGUCGAUCCGCAUCGGAUGAACGUGCUCGUAAGACGGGUAAAAGAGAACGUAAAGGCGAACUUAAUAGUAGUAGUAGUAAGAAAAUGAAAUUGGAUCGACCAUCAGGUGAGCAAAAAACAACGACUAUUUCGCCGAAAGUAGAAUUUCCACAAGCACUCGCAUUUGCUAGUCUUAAAAACUUUAAGAUACCAAAGGUAAUGGAAAAUGAAAAAUGUGAAAGCCCGACGCCAACAGCAAAAACAAUACCAGCUGUGGCUACCUCAUCAUCCUCUGGUUCACAUUUAAAUGUUGGCCAAAAUUCGGGUUGUUCAACGGUGCAAGUAGUUCCUUCAACAUCGUUAACAACAACAACAACAGCAACAAUAACAAUGACAGCAGCAACAGCGGCUCCAUCGUCGUCUUCAUCUGCUUUAACAUCUUCGAUAUUUCCACCCAAACCGAAAUCAAUUCUGAAGUCAUCAGCUGAACCACCUCCACCACCACUUUUUCGGGGAAUGGGUGGUAUGCCACCAAUGCUGCCCGGUCGACGACCAUUGCUACCGGAUCCACGAAAUGUGAUGCAUCAUUCACCAAGAAAUCAAUUUAGACCGUUGGUAGCACUACCCCGAAUGAUACCGUCAGUAUUGAGUGGUGCUAAUUUUAUGCCACCACCUUCUUCAUCAGGCCGUUGGAUGGCAUUAGCACCACAACGACAACCAUCACCUAGGAAUUCACCGUCUGAACAAAUCGCUUCCGGUUUGUCUGAUACAGCUGCAGCUAUGUCCAAAAUGCAGGACAGUCCGACGGAGGCUCUGAAAAUUGUUGCCGAUGAGGAGUAA